CUGCGAUUGAAAGUUUGGACAUGUACGGCCGUGAUACUUGCCAUGACUUUUAUGCAACACUGCAUGGUACUUCGCCUCGACUGUCAAUGUCCCUGCAUCAACAUUGCUUGACCCAACCAAAAGCACAACCCUCAUUGCAUCACCAGUCAAUGCUAGGUUUAGAGAAUAGUAAUAGCACGAGUGCUCUCCAACCUUCAAUUGGUUUGCUCACCCCUUUUUCACAAGCCUCAGAAUUAAAUCGGCAUGUGCCUGCAACCCCUUUUGUGACUAAUUCAACUCGUGUUGACUCUUAUAAACAGCUUUAUCCUGGUACUUCAUUUACCAGCUCCGUAUGUGCUGCCAUGAGCCACCUCUGUGCCUGCGGGGCCGUCAUGACGCUGAUUCAAAAUCGCAAGGUAUUUUGUCCAUCAGGACAUAAUUCAAGAUUGCCCCCACAAGCCCAAGAGGCUUUGGACAGUUCAGUGCUCUGCACUCCAACUAUAAGUGGUUUUAUUAAAACCGAAUCUAGAAACUGUGCUACAUUGGUUUCUGCACCAAUCAUGAUUCAUCAGUCGAAUAGUAGUAUCAGGCAUCAUGAUGCCAAUCCGAAUAGCAGGACUAAUCGCAUCAGCAACUGUACAUCUAGUGCUAGCCCAAGUGCAUCAUACGCCAACACUUUGAGCAAGAUCAGUACCACUACCAGCAUUGCAACUGACCAUUUGGCACAGUUGGGAUUGUCAAAGAGACGGGUAUUUGGACUUCUUCGACAUGAGAUGGCAAUACAUAGUAGUGCAAGAGCCAGAAUGGUGCUGUAGUUUUGGUAUUACUGUCGUAUUCAUGUAAAAUGGAGCACAUUAUCUUGCAGUGUAUGUUGCUUCAGAAUAUACAAUGACUGGUGUUGCCCUUUUACAAACCGACUGCUUUUUCAACUCUUCUAAACAACGUCCAUCUUUUGGUGCCCACAAUCAUUUUUUCAUUUUUCGGCAUAAGCCAUACACUACAAUCUUCAGAUUCAUCCAUUGCAAUUCAGAUAUUUGGUGACUUUCAAAUCACUCCUAAUUUCAUACAUUCUAGCGCAAAAAACAAAGAUUGCACGUCCUGGGAGUACAACUGCUGUUUUCUUACCAUUCGCCCAAUGUUUGGUUUGUAGGAAAAGAUAGCGAAUCAAGUGUUGAGGACUUACUGGAGCUGCGAUGUGAUGCAAACAUUUGUUUAGUUGUUUUAUGCAAAAAUGAGCACGGAGAAAGAUCAGUAGACUGUUGGGAAGUUUAAAGAGCAGACGUCCAAUGGAAUCGAUGGGAAUUGAUACCAAUCACUCAUGAAACUGGCGGUUUAUUAUGCAGACACAUCUAUUUAGCUUUUCAUUUUAUGUGAAUAUGACUGUAAUAGAUGCGUGGUUUGCAUAUGGCUAGUCAUGAUGUACUUUUGAAUCUACCAAUCCAUGUAUAUGUGACUCUACAUUAAAAAUUACAAACCACC